AUGGGGAAUAACCAUGCUUAUAAAACAGUAGGGCUUGGCGAUAUCAAAAUCAGGAUGCAUGAUGGAGUGGUCAGAACCCUGACGGAUGUGAGGCACGUUCCUGACUUGCAGAAGAAUCUUAUCUCAGUUGGUGCUUCGGACUCCGUUGGAACUAAUGGAAGUGACGGAGACCCAUGUGAGCACACUCGGUUAUGGCAUAAGGGGCUUGGGCAUAUAUCAGAGAAGGGUCUAGAUCUGCUUGGUAAGGAAGGUUUGCUGAAGAACAUGAAGAAACCUUACAUGGACUUUUACGAGGAUUGUGUGUACGGAGAGGUGCAUAGGGUCCAGUUCUUGAAAAGUAAGCACAAGAGCAGAGGCAUAUUAGACUAUGUGCAUACAGAUAUUUAG